AUGUAUGUCAGUACUGAUGUUGUUAAUCCUAAUACUAAUAGCAACAAUUUAGAGUCGAUUAUUUUUGAAAUUAAUUACAAUACAAAUUUGCAUUCAUCAUGUAUUGUAGCUAAUAUUACAUGCUACAGUCAACUUCGAGACGAAGAAGAAUUUUUAUUUGAUCUUGGAACAGUUUUUGAAAUAGAAAAAUUUUUCUAUAAUGAUGACAAGAAAUGUUGGAUGUGCAAAAUGAUUCCUUCGGGAAAAGCUGUAGAAAUAGCUAAAGAAUAUGUUAAUUUCCAAAGAAAUGAAAUGAACGAUGGUAAACUAGAUGUUUUAGUUUUAUUUGGUAAUCUACUGUAUGAUGUAGGAGAAUAUAGUAAAUGCCAUUACUAUUUUGAAAAUUUAUUAACUAUUCAAUCUGAUAAAAAUGCUCCUACUAUCAUUGACAUCUAUCGAGGAUUAGGACGAGUAUUUCUUGGCAUAACACUUGAUAUAUAUAAGAAAACAUUUGAUGAUUUACAACAUCGUGAUGUAGCAAAGUGUUUAAAUCUUAUUGGUGAAGUUUAUUAUGGUAAAAACAAUCAUGAUGAUGAUAGUACAUGUCACAACUAUUACAGUCAAGCAUUAAACAUAUGAAAAAGUGUUUUAACUUGUAAUCAUCCAGAUUUGCCAUUAUGUUAUAAAAAUAUAACUCUAUUUUAUCUAAACAGAAAAUUAGACUAUAUUGAAGCAGAAAAAAUACUUCAAAAUAUUAUAUCAUAUAUAUGACAGAUAUUACCCAAAGAUCAUGCACGCUUGAUUGAAAUACAUUAUAUACGGAAAAUGAUUUCAAAAUCUAGACAACAUUCACUGCUGUUUAUGACGAUCAAUACUGUGAAACUAAUUUUAUUCUUUUUUGUUAUCUUCAGUCGGCUUUUGGUUCUAGCAGCGUUUUAUGAAACACGAUUGUAAACGAGCGUUGAAGAAUAAAGUGAAAAAACUGAGCUAUUACAUAUAUCUCGCAUUGAGUAUGGGCCUGAGUCUUAUCUUCAAGGGGGAAAAAGCGGAUCCUGGAUCCUCGGAUCCUGGUGGAUCCUGUGAAUCCUACUGGAUCCUCGUGGAUCCUAUUGGAUCCUGGCGGAUCCUGG